CCUCCCGCGCGCGCCAAGCCCCGCCCACGCGCAGGCAGCGUCUCUUCCGAUUGGGCAGCGCCGCCAGGCCGUCGGGGUGGGGCGAGAGUCGUCGCGUCCGGGUGACGUCUCCCGCGGGCUUCGGGAGGGGUUGUCGGCGUCCGCAGCAGUGUCGGCCGCCGCGGCGGCGGGUGGGAAAUGGCGGAGUAUUUGGCCUCCAUCUUCGGCACCGAGAAAGACAAAGUCAACUGUUCAUUUUAUUUCAAAAUUGGAGCAUGUCGUCAUGGAGACAGAUGCUCUCGGUUGCACAAUAAACCGACCUUUAGCCAGACCAUUGCCCUCUUGAACAUUUACCGUAACCCUCAAAACUCUUCCCAGUCUGCUGACGGUUUGCGCUGUGCUGUGAGCGAUGUCGAGAUGCAGGAACACUAUGAUGAAUUUUUUGAGGAGGUUUUCACAGAAAUGGAGGAGAAGUACGGGGAGGUGGAGGAGAUGAACGUCUGCGACAACCUCGGAGACCACCUUGUUGGGAACGUGUAUGUCAAGGUAGGAGUGAGACGGCAAGUGGGGCUGAGGAAGGGUUAGUGCCCUCAGCCGUUAACCUUGAAGUUCCACGUGCUCGGACCUGUCCAUGAAUUCGAUGCGCUGACCGGCCCUCGUUGGCUGCGGCUUGGGUCCGGUGGCCGGCCCGCGGGUGCCGGGAAGACGCAGGGAGGGCCCCGCUCAGCGGGUGUCUUCGGCUGUUGUUGGUUAGCGGCUGUUGAACUGGGGAGAAGCAGCUGGUUUAUAUGUCUGGUUUCUUCUCCCCCCCACCCCUUUUCUUAAUAAAACUUUCAUUGCCUGCAUAAAUCAUGACGUGUUCUUUUAACCAGUUGAAUUUGAAAACCAUGGCAACGUACAUGGCAUGAGCUUGGACCGUAGCAAAAUUAACUCAUUGUAAAUAAAGGGUGGGCUGGUUCUUAAAUUGCUCUCCGACAUUAUCCCACCCGAAUUACUUUACCUGUGAGUGGGUGACGCAUAGUUGAGUCAGUAGUUGAAGACGU